AAUUCCCUACUCAAACGACCUUCUCAAAGCCGGCUACAUUUAUUAGAAAACAAAGUAUCAGACAGUGUUAACUUCGAGUUAUUAAGUCUUUGGUAUUUUUUUGAUAAUUAAAUAGCUUUCCUACUUUGUCCUUCCAUUUUGUGUAAUUUCUUAGUGAUUGUGCAUCUACGACUCAUUUAAUAUGGUUGUACAUACGACUGAUCGUUUAUCUAAAUUGCGAGCUCUCAUGAAGGAGCGUGAAUACUCUUUUUAUGUGGUUCCUUCUGAAGAUGCUCACGCUUCUGAAUACACCUCCGAGUCAGACGCCAGAAGAGCUUUUAUAAGUGGUUUUGAUGGAUCUGCUGGAUGUGCUGUCAUUGGAUUGGACUCUGCAGCCCUCUUUACCGAUGGCCGUUACUUUAACCAAGCUUCUCAACAGUUGGAUGAAAAUUGUACUUUGAUGAAACAAGGAUUUCCUGGUGUCCCCAGUUGGCAAACAUAUUGUUCUCAGAAAACCAGGGUCGCCGAGAAAGUUGGUAUUGAUUCUAGUCUCAUUACUUUCCCUGAUGCUAAAAAAUUACGUGAGAUGCUGUAUGUACAAAAAGGCUCAUACUUGUGUGGUGAUCAUGAUAACUUGGUUGACCAAGUUUGGGGUGAAUCUCGUCCCAAACCUCCUUGUGAAAAGCUCUUUAUCCAAGAACUCAAGUAUGCUGGAAUGGAUGUUUCAGAAAAGCUUAAGAUUUUACGCGAAGCGAUGAAAAAGGAAGAUCUUGAAGCAUUUGUUGUUUCCAUGCUCGAUGAAGUCGCCUGGCUCUACAAUCUUCGAGGUGCUGAUGUUCCUUACAAUCCGGUCUUCUAUGCUUACUCCUUUAUCACUCACGACAAAGCCUACUUUUACGUGGAUGAAGCCAAGCUUACUCCUGAGGUUGUCGCUCAUGUUAGUAAAUAUGCUGAAAUCCGACCCUAUUCAAGAAUUUUUAAAGACGCAAACGAAUGUUAUUUAAGUCAUGUCGGUGUUUCUACUAAAACUUCUUGGUGUAUUGCUACUUCCUUUGGUGAAGCAACUGUUUACCCUAUCGUUAGCCCAAUCGCUCAUGCCAAGGGUAUUAAAAAUGAUGUUGAGUUGAAGGGUAUGAAGGAUUGCCAUGUUAGAGAUGGAUCUGCUUUAGUUGAAUAUUUUGCAUGGCUUGAAGAGUUUCUUCAAUCCGGUGGUAAAAUCAAUGAAUACGACGCAGCCACGAAGCUUGAAUCUUUCAGAAGAAAAAAUGAUAAUUUCGUUAAUUUAUCUUUUGAGACUAUUAGUUCCACUGGAUCGAAUGGCGCUGUCAUUCAUUACUCACCACCUGCUACGGGAAGUGCUGUCAUCGACCCUUCUAAAAUUUAUCUUUGUGAUUCAGGCGCUCAAUAUAAAGACGGAACAACCGAUGUAACUAGAACAUGGCACUUCAGAGAACCUACCGAAUUUGAGCGUCAAUCAGCUACAUUGGUUUUGAAAGGUCAUAUUGCAAUCAUUAAUUUAGUAUUCCCUAAAGGUACUACUGGCUUUCAAAUUGACGCUUUGGCACGUCAGCAUCUUUGGCAAUGGGGAUUGGACUAUUUGCACGGUACCGGACAUGGGGUAGGUAGUUUCCUUAAUGUUCACGAACUUCCCAUUGGUAUUGGUUCACGUGAUGUCUUCAAUACAGUUGCCUUGGAACCAGGAAUGGUUACUAGCAAUGAGCCAGGAUUUUACGAAGACGGUCACUUCGGAUUCCGAGUUGAAAACUGUGUAUAUGUCACCAAAGCUAAUACCAAAUAUCAAUUUGCUGCUCGUGAGUACUACGGUUUGAAGGACCUUACUAUGGCUCCACAUUGCAAGAAACUUAUUGAUCCUACUCUGCUUUGCAAAGAAGAAGUUGAGUAUAUUAACAAGUAUCAUGCUCGCGUCUAUGAUACGUUAAGUCCUCUAUUGUCAAGCUCAGCCAAAAAGUGGUUAGCCAAAGAAACAAGUCCUUUGUGAAAUAUUAGUUGAUUGAUUGAUUUUGUAGGGCAAUAGUAAUCUUAUAAAUAUCCUUAAUAAGUUGUUUCCUCAGGACAUACACCAGAAUGUAGUAAAAUAAAUGCAAAAGGAACUUUUUUAUUUAUACUUCUAAUCAUUCUGAAUUACUUAAAUAUGUAAUUAUUUGUAAGGAAGAUAAUAAAAAUGAAUGUUAAC